AUGGCUGUGUAUACGAUGUCACAUCAAUAUUGCUCUGUAUGCAGUGUCAAUAUUGCCCUGUGUGUGCUGUCACGGCAAUAUUGCUCUGUAUGCAGUGUCAAUAUGGCUUUGUAUGCGAUGUCACACCUAUAUUGCUCUGAAUACGGUGCCAAUAUUGUUCUUAUUUGGUGCCAAUAUUGCUCUGUAUGCGGUGCCAAUAUUUUUCUGUGUGCGUUGCCAAUAUUGAUCUGUAUAUGGUGUCAACAUUGCUUUGUAUACGCCGCCAAUAUUGCUCUGUUUGCGGUGUCAAUAUUGCUCUGUAUGUGGUGUCAAUAUUACCCUGUCACGGCAAUAUUGCUCUAUAUACGAUGUCACAUCAAUAUUACUCUGUAUACGGUGCCAAUAUUGAUCUGUAUACGGUGUCAAUAUUGUUCUUAUAUGGUGCCAAUAUUGCUCUGUAUGCGGUGCCAAUAUUGCGCUGUAUGCGUUGCCAAUAUUGAUCUGUAUAUGGUGUCAACAUUCCUUUGUAUGCGCCGCCUAUAUGGCCCUGUUUCCGGUGUCAAUAUUGCUUUGUAUGUGGUGUCACGUCCAUAUUGCUCAGCGGUGUCAAUUUUGAUUUGUUUGUGA